AUGAAGCAGCCCUCAGUCGAAUCUGCCCGGGCUUCGGUUCAUCAGCUGCUUGCGAGGGCAUAUUCUCUGCCGUGCUCGACGGCUAUGCAAGCGUUCACACAGCUUGUUCCGAUAUCAUCGCGCUUUCAGGUCGCGCUGGACGUGCUCCUUCCGUUGCUUGAUUCGUCGACUGAUCCCGCACAACGGAUCCUCGUCUCGUACCUUCUCUAUGCACUAUAUGCGCCAUAUUCCAUUGCAAUCAAUCCAUUCCGGUCUGCGCUACUCGCUACGUUCAUCAAAGAACGAGAGGAUGCGAUGCAACUGGCACGCGAAGGGGGAUCCGGUGAGGGCGAGCAGCUCGUUUGGGUUCUAUGGAAGAUUCUGAAAGGCGACGGCGACGAUAUUGGGAUAUUCACCCCGAUGACUCUCGCGCGUGGACCGCUGCCGCCCAAACUUCGUGCGGCUAACCUCCUCUUGGAAGAUGAGGAGCCAUAUCUGGGGCGUUUCACAGAAGAGGCGAAUAAGACGGGCGCAUCACCAGUCGCACCAGAAAGCGAUGAGGAGACCCAGCGACUCUCUGAGGCGAUGACUCUGCUCCUCGCUGCUCGUGAGCGGGUGCUGACACUUUCGGAGCAACGGACGCUGCUGCCUGCCCUCCCGCAACUUACGUCACCACCGGUCCUCACGUCAGUCGAUCUCCCUCAACUCAUCGCGUACAACCCGACGCUAGUGCAUCCGCUGCUCUCCGCGCUGCUUUCGUCUGCUGCCGUGAAUGACAAUGACCUCAUGCUAUAUUUGGAUGUCCUGAGGCACCUACCACCAUCACUGCCCUCGUUCGAUCUAGUGGGACGCCUGCUGCGCGAUCCGACCCCGGUCAUGGACUCGACCACUGGCGGGAAGACGACCAUAGCGGAUCUCGUUAGGACUGAGGUGCUCGGCUGGUUCAUCCACGAAUGCAUCGCUUGGCUGGACAGGGCCGAAGAACAAGAACGUGAAGGCAGCAUCAGCGAUGAUCGCUUCGCGAAGGGCGUGCAGAACCUGUGUCGGUUCUACAACUCCCUCAUCAAGUUCUCCAUUGUCGAUCCUGCAUCUGACAUCGACUCCGCCGAGAUUAUGCAUUUCACUCUGCGCAACUCACGAUUCGAGGAGGCCAACGCACUCUACCGCGUCCUGGCCACCGGCAAGUUCUGA